GUUUGUUGUUGUUUCCUAAAAUUUAAAUAUAUCAAUAAAACAAUGUUUGACAUUAAGACUUAUAUAUUUAUAUCUAAAAUUUUACUACUUAUUCAAUGUAAUAGUGAUUUCGAUUCUUGCUAUAAAGAUGAAUCUAGUAAUGAAAACGAUAAUAAAUACAGUAAAGGAGUAAAUGAAUGGACUUCGAAAAUAAGUAAUUUAAUACAGUCUGAAGUACAAGCUCACGAGCCUUGCGUUAGAACAAACUGUAGUUGUCAUAAGAAUGUAAUAGAAAAAGAUUUAGAACCAUUUAGUGGUGGAAUUACGAAAGAGAUGUGUGAACAUGCUGCAACUAAGGGCACAAAGUAUCAGAUUAUAAAUGGUAAAUUAUACCGCUCAAAGGACUGCCACUUUCCAGCUAGAUGUGCUGGAAUAGAACAUUACCUUAAAAUGCUUGCUCCUAAACUUCCCGAUUUAGAAUUGGCAAUCAAUACGAGGGACUGGCCCCAAGUCAACAGAGCGUGGGGUCAUACAAAAGCACCAGUGUUUUCAUUCAGUAAGACAAAAGAUUAUUAUGAUAUAAUGUAUCCAACAUGGAGUUUUUGGGAAGGUGGUCCAGCUAUUCAAUUAUAUCCUACUGGUAUUGGUCGGUGGGAUAAACAUAGAACAUCAAUCUCUUCAGCUGCUAAAAAGUGGCCGUGGGAAAAAAAGGAAAAGAAAGUGUUUUUUCGAGGAUCGAGGACUAGUGAGGAAAGAGAUAGUUUAAUUUUACUAUCAAGAUCUCAUCCUAAUUUAGUUGAUGCACAGUAUACUAAAAAUCAAGCUUGGAAAUCUGAUGCUGACACUCUUCAUGCACCACCAGCCUCAGAAGUAUCAUUUGAAGAUCAUUGUAAAUACAAAUAUCUGUUCAACUACAGAGGAGUUGCUGCCAGUUUUCGCUUCAAACAUUUAUUCCUUUGUAAAUCAUUAGUCUUUCAUGUAGGUGAUGAAUGGUUGGAGUUCUUUUACCCAUCUCUAAAACCUUGGGUUCAUUAUGUCCCAAUUAGUACUAAAGCGACUAAAGAGGAAAUAUUGAAAUAUAUAAAUUAUUUUAAAACUCAUGACUCUCUGGCUAAGGAAAUAGCAGAAAGAGGCUUUGAACACAUUUGGAACAAUCUUACUGACAAUGAUGUUAAAUGUUACUGGCGAAAGUUACUUAAAAAAUAUGCAAAACUUUUAAAGUAUAAUGUUGCCAGAGAUUAUGAUCUUAAGAAAAUCUCUUAAAUCAGGAUUUAUUGAGAAUUUAAAGAUUGUUGAGUACGAACGAUUUUAUUGACUAAACAAAGUAUAAUAGAGGUUAAAAAAAUUUACAAACUAACAACUUCACUUAAACUAUAGAAUAAAAUAAUUGCAUAAAUUUCGUAUUUGAGGUUAAUAAUUUUUAAAGCAUCCAAUAUUAAUGCUAGUUUAGAGAAGAAAAUUGUGGAAUGAAAAGACAGUACACACAGAUAAAGCUAGAAAAUACAAUUUUCGAAGAAUUAUUUUAAUUAAUGACAAUAAAUUCAAGAUUAAAGAUGAGAUCCAUGAAUAUAAGAUAUAGCUAAAACUACUUAGAUGAAUCUCGAAAUUUUUACGUUAGAAUACUCUUUUAACUGAAGUCACGAUCAGGGAACAUGGCGGGUGCGACCAGGGUCCACACGUAGAGGCCUACGCAGAGCCACGACGAUGUGAUCUUGAUCCACAUAGACGCCACGUUUUCCUUUGAUAGCUGGGAACUUGGACUGUUUGGACAAAAAAAAAAAAAAAACACAUUAAUAAAUAAUUGUCAAAUAAAUUGUUUUCUUGUU